UAAAAAUGUCAAAAACCGAAAAUAUGAAAUAUGCAUGUAUGUAUAUAUAUACACACGGAGAAAUCGCUGCAAAAACCAGAUGGAAGAUGAACCCUACGAUUUGAUUAGUCGUACACGAGUUUCCUCGUAGCUUUAUCGAACAAGAGAGGUGAGAAUUUAACCACACAAACACACACUGAUCACACAGUUGAUCAAGAGCCUCUAACAAUGGACGCAAUCGAUCCAACUCGCGUUUUUCUCAAGGACGUUAGGCGUAUCGUCAUCAAGGUUGGGACGGCUGUUGUUACCCGAGAUGAUGGAAGGCUUGCACUUGGAAGAUUAGGAGCACUUUGUGAGCAGAUUCAAGCGCUAAAUUCUGAAGGAUUUGAGGUUAUCUUGGUGUCAUCUGGUGCUGUUGGAGCUGGUCGACAAAGGCUUAGAUACAGGAAAUUAAUCAAUAGCAGCUUUGCGGAUCUUCAAAAACCACAAGCCGAGCUUGAUGGCAAGGCAUGUGCAGCCGUUGGACAAAACGGUCUUAUGGCACUUUACGAUACACUGUUUAGCCAGCUUGACGUGACAUCAGCCCAGCUUCUCGUGACUGAUAACGACUUCAGGAGUCCAGAAUUCAGGAAACAACUUACUGAAACUGUGGAUUCAUUGUUGUCGUUAAAAGUUAUUCCUGUUUUUAACGAAAAUGAUUCCAUUAGUACUCGCCGAGCUCCCUAUGAGGAUUCUUCUGGAAUAUUCUGGGAUAAUGACAGCCUGGCAGCUCUACUCGCUCUGGAGUUAAAAGCCGAUCUUCUCGUGCUGUUAAGUGACGUCGAUGGUCUUUAUAGCGGGCCCCCCAGUGAUCCUCAGUCGAAACUAAUAUACACAUACAUCAAGGAAAAACUGGAAAAUACGAUUACUUUCGGUGAUAAAUCUCGGUUAGGAAGAGGUGGUAUGACUGCUAAAGUCAAAGCUGCUGUAUAUGCUUCUCAAGCUGGGAUUCCUGUUGUCAUCACCAGUGGGUUUGCGGGUGAUAAUAUUAUAAAGGUUCUAAGAGGAGAGCACAUUGGUACCCUGUUUCAUAGAGAUGCUCAUACGUUCGUCCCGAGUGGAGAACUAAAUGCGCGUGAAAUGACAGUUGCAGCAAGAGAAAGUUCUAGACUUCUUCAGGCAAUGCCUGCAGAAGAGAGGAGUAAAAUUCUGCUAGCAAUAGCUGAUGCUUUAGAAGCAAAUGAGAAAAUCAUAAUUCAUGAAAACGAAGAUGAUGUGGCUGCUGCACUAGAUGAAGGAUAUGGAUCGUCGUUAGUCAAUAGGUUGCUUCUAAAGCCUGGGAAGGUCUCUAGUCUCGCAAACGCAAUCCGUGUGCUUGCGAAUAUGGAAGAGCCAAUUGGCCAAGUAUUAAAGAGAACAGAGCUGUCAGAUGGAUUCAUCUUAGAGAAAAUGUCAUCUCCCCUGGGCGUUCUUCUUGUUAUCUUUGAGUCUCGCCCUGAGGCACUUGUUCAGAUAGCAUCGUUAGCCAUCAGAACUGGGAAUGGACUCUUAUUGAAAGGAGGAAAGGAAGCAAAGCGUUCAAAUGCGAUCUUGCACAAAAUUAUUACUUCAUGCAUCCCCGAAACAGUUGGUAAAGGGUUAAUUGGCCUUGUAACUUCUAGAGAAGAGAUCCCUGAAUUGCUCAAGCUUGAUGAUGUUAUUGAUCUUGUGAUCCCACGAGGCAGCAAUGAACUAGUUUAUCAGAUAAAAUCUUUGACCAAAAUUCCUGUUCUUGGCCAUGCUGAUGGAAUAUGUCAUGUCUAUGUUGACAAAUCUGCUGAUAUGGAAAAGGCAAAGAACAUAGUUUUGGAUGCCAAAACAGAUUACCCUGCAGCUUGUAAUGCUAUGGAAACACUUCUUGUUCAUCAGGACUUGAUGGAGAAUGGUGGCGUUAGUGAGCUUCUCAUUGAACUUCAAACUAAAGGUGUGAGUAUAAAUGGUGGGCCCAGGGCAUGCUCCUUGCUUAAUCUUCCAGCAGCACCAUCAUUUCAUCAUGAAUACAGUUCACUGACUUGCACAAUUGAAAUUGUUGAUGAUGUGCAUGCUGCCAUUGAUCAUAUACACAAACAUGGAAGUGCACAUACUGAUUGCAUUGUAACAGAAGACCCUGAAGUUGCUGACAUCUUUUUGCAUCAAGUUGACAGUGCUGCUGUAUUUCAUAAUGCAAGCACAAGAUUCAGUGACGGGUUUCGUUUUGGACUUGGCGCCGAGGUUGGCAUAAGCACAAGCAGGAUUCAUGCUCGUGGGCCCGUUGGAGUUGAAGGGCUGCUAACAACCCGAUGGAUUGCAAGAGGAAACGGGCACGUGGUGGAUAACGACAAAGGGGUCGUGUACACUCACAAAGACCUCACUCAGCAAGGUAAAAAGACAUGCUCGAGUAUGACCUCGAAUGGGCCAUUGAAUGGUGAGCCACGGGCCCGAGCCAGUCUUAUCAAGUGAAAGAAGUGAGGCUAGUCAUGUCUUUGAUCCUCCAAAACGUUGUACAAUUAGAGUUAACACCAGCUUAUUAUGUAUGUGUUCGUGAUGUAUGCGAACCAGGCUGUUGAUUAGAACAUAAACUCCAAUAAAUAAUUUUGUUUGUUUUGGGGGAUUGCUAAUUAUGACAGUAGUAGAUUAGAUUUGGGAUUUAUGUAAUCAAAUAAUAAUAUUUUCAGUUAUAUGCUUAUGUUUAUUAGAGGAA